AUGGCACUUCGUUUUGAGGUUUUAGGUAGGUUUAACCGUGCUCGAGCAGCUAGACUGACCCUCCCUCACUUCGUGUGCCAGACACCUCUUUUCAUGCCUGUGGGAACACAAGGAACUAUAAAAGGGUUGACAACUGAACAGCUUGAAGAGAUUGGUUGCCAAAUAAUACUGGGGAAUACAUAUCAUUUGGCACUUCGUCCUACCUCUGAGCUUAUUGAUGAUUUGGGAGGUCUCCACAAAUUUAUGAACUGGCCAAGAGCAUUGCUUACUGAUUCUGGUGGCUUUCAGAUGGUUUCAUUAUUGCAUUUAGCUGACAUCACUGAAGAGGGUGUAACAUUUCAGUCACCAGUUGAUGGGAAGCCAAUGCUCUUGACACCUGAAGAGUCAAUUCAAAUCCAAAACCGAAUUGGAGCAGAUAUUAUUAUGGCCCUUGAUGAUGUAGUCAAAACCACCAUCACUGGUCCAAGAAUUGAGGAGGCCACGUAUCGCACUAUACGAUGGAUAGACAGAUGUAUUGAAGCUCAUAAGAGACCAAAUGAGCAGAACUUAUUUGGUAUUGUACAAGGUGGCUUAGAUCCUGUACUAAGAGAUAUAUGUGUUAGAGGCUUGGUGGAUCGGAAUUUACCCGGCUAUGCUAUUGGUGGUCUUGCUGGUGGUGAAAGUAAGGAUUCAUUUUGGCGUGUUGUUGCACAGUGCACUGCUUCAUUGCCUGAAGAGAAACCACGAUAUGUUAUGGGUGUUGGUUAUCCACUGGAUAUUGUAGUUUGCAGUGCUCUAGGUGCUGACAUGUAUGACUGUGUUUAUCCUACACGUACUGCUCGCUUUGGUACAGCUCUUGUACCCGAGGGAGUGCUCAAACUCAAACACAAAGCGAUGGCUGAUGAUACCCGUCCCAUUGAUCCUACAUGUGAUUGUAUGGUCUGCAAAAAUUAUACUAGAGCUUACAUUCAUUGCCUGGUUACAAAAGAUGCUAUGGGAUCUCAGCUUCUGUCAUAUCACAAUUUGUAUUACAUGUUGAAGGUUUGUACGUGA